AUGUCUUUAUCAGGGCCGGAACCCUUAAGUCCACCACCACCUUUCUCAGAUAUCGAACAUGCUAAUAAUUCCAUAUUUGUGGGCUCUCAGAAUGUGGAUGAACAACAAGAUCAAGCUCCAGCAUAUUCGUUCUAUCCCUCAACAUCUGGUUCAUACUUUGAGCUUAAAACGCUCGGGAAACAAUUAAAUAGGAAGGACAAAUAUUUAUGUGGGGACAUACUUGAUAAUCGAUACUUUUUAUUGGGUUCGAAUACUGGAUUAGAAUUCAUUGAUUUAUCCCUUCCAUCCGAACAACAAAUACCAGAAAAACUUAUUGAAGCU